AUGGGGAUAAUCAUCAAGAUGGCUGAACAUCUGUUUCCAUGCUACCCCAUAAUACUUACCGCGGACAGCCUGACGUUUGACUUGUUGUUACUGAGCAAUUUAAAAGAGGAUAUCAUGGAUUUUUCAGAUAUGGAAAAUGAGGGCGUAAAGGAACUGUUGGACUUUCUAUAUCAAGGCGAUGCCGAUGAAAUCAUCACAACUUUCGACGUGGCACAUAAACUCUUCAAGCUUGCAAAGGAAUACGAGAUACUGAGCGGGGAUCAAGCGACCACGAAGAAGCUGAUCAACGAAAUAAAUAACGAUAACGUUAUGGUCCUGCUGGAAACCACGGAGCUGUAUCAGUCAUCACUGUUGAGACAAAAGGUUGUAUCACAUAUUGUAGAAAAUCGAGCAGACAUAAUAAACACGAUUGACUUCCAAUUGUUCGCUGAGAAGCAUCCCCAUGUGUUGCUGGAGGUUGUUGAAACCUGCUGUGAGUCCAUACGGGACAAGUCAAACAAUAACAGAGGGGUGAAAUAA